AUGGAAGCUGUCAACCGGAUACUGAGGGACCUUAAAAUGACAAGGAAAGAUAUUGAAGUGUUCGCUGAUGCUGACUGGUUUGCUUUGACGGAAAAUUUUUCUAUCAUAUGUGGGUAUGAUGGAAGCUCUUUCCAACGACAUUAUGUUAACCAGGAUAUUGGAAAUAAUUUUUCCCUUUCAAAAGCCCAAAGGUAUAGAUUGCAGUGCUACUACACUGAAUCAGGUGUCUUAAAUGAUAAAUUCAAUGUCUCACGGUAUUGGAAGUCACGUAAAUAUCUUCAACAAAAUCAGUGGCUCCACAAUUGGUUGGAAAGGGAAAUCCAAACUUUAACUCAGGAGGAAGACGUUGACAUCAUUGUGCAUCAUGUACUUGGUGUGAUUGACUCAUUCAGGAAAAGAAAUGAGCAACUUAGAAGUGCUCCUGAAGAAAAACAAGAAGCCUUCGAGUCUUUGGUCUUAGAUGCUGCAAGGCCUUUUUUGACUGGAAGAGCAGAGCGGUUUGUCAAUGAAAUAGAACUAUUCCUUGCCUCAGGGUUGAAUAUAGAAGCUUAUGAUGAAGUUUAUAUGCAACAGCUGGGUUGGAUAACUCCCAAGAUCAAUAGUGAGGAUGCGGAAGGAGAAUCCCAUGAACGCAAGCACUUUGCUCCAUACUUGUAUUUCUUUGAAGAGGACUCCGAUGAAACUGAUUGAACAAUUCUUUGUGAAUUUAAUAAUACUUUGUUUUAUUUUCUUCUUUGUGAACCUUUCAGUUCUUCGCUUAUCAGUACUUUCUUAUUGGUGUAAACUUGAUUUGGUUCCAAAGAAGAAGAGUUAAAUGUGUUAAUGGUUGGCCAAA